CUCGAGUCGACUUGUUCAAACCAUGUAUGAAGCUAUCAGCCCUAAGAGUAUAUCAAAGUCCGUCACUGGAGGUCAUUAUAUGCCGGUCGAACUUGCUGAUUUUAUUCUACAUUUGCUUGCAACUGGUCGUAACUUGAGACUGAAAGCUUGCGGCGCUCUCGGCAGUCCGUGCUUGCAAUGAAGAUUUGGGAACUAUUGCUUGGUGAUGGUCGGCAAUCUGGAGAUUCAGGUUGAGGAUAAAGAUACGUUAGAGUCUUCCACCCAGACGUGAC